AUGAAACAACAUUUUUUUCCCCAUAUAUAUCAUCUUCCUCCUUCGCAUCCACCACGUCCUCCGCCUCGUCCGACCUCCGACGAGUGCUCCUCCUUCGUGGUGCUCCAGCGCGGCUCCACGGCCGACGCAACUGGGGUUUGGGACGGGGAUGGUACAAGCCGAGGACGGGGAUGGCCGUGGGCGCAGAGGUGGCCGGAGCCGGGGCCGCGGCUGGCGCUGUGGUUGGCCGCGGUUGGGCGCGAGCCCUCUACGGCCGCCGCGUCCUCCUCCUCCUCCUCCUCCUGCGGGAAGAAGAUGGAGAUGCCACGACGAAAGAAAAGCGUUGCCCGACCAACCAAAAUUACCAAACCCUCGUGCUCCGAUCCGAUCCGCAGCAUGCUGCCGCGGCCGUUGCCGCACGGGGUCAUCGAGGAGAUCCUCCUCCGCGUCCCGCCCGACGACCCCGCGAGUCUCGUCCGCGCCGCGGUCGCCUGCAGGCGCUGGUGCCGCCUCGUCGCCGAUCCGGCCUUCCGCCGCAGGCGCCUCGAGCUCCACCGCGCCACGCCGCCCAUGCUCGGCGUCGUGUGCGACGGCAUCUGGGACAGCAAAAGCCCCUACGCCCGCUUCGUCCCCACGUCAUCCUGCCGCCCGCCCCGCGCCAACCACCGCGGACUGCGGUCGUUCGACGCUCGCCACGGCCGCGUCCUCCUCCACCACGGCGGCGCCUACACGGAUUUCAUCGUCUGGGACCCAAUCACGGACCAGCGGGUGGAGCUCCCCAGCCCGCCAUGCUAUGGUAGACUGAAAGCCACGGUGCUCUGUGCUGCCACCGGCGUGUGCAACCACCUCGAUUGCCACCGCGGACCCUUCAUCGUCGUCCUCAUGGGCACCAAUGGCGAAGGCAUGUUCUGCUGCAUCUACUCGUCGGAGUCCGGUGAGUGGGGCAAGCCGACCUAUGGUGAUCACCCUGGUGACAAUGUGGAAUGGACACGCAGUGCCCUUGUGGGGAACACACUCGUCUUCGCACUAAGUGGCUAUCGCAGAAUCCUUAAGUAUGAUUUGGGCACGCAACAAAUGUCUGUGAUAGGGCUACCUUAUGUACGCACCCAUAUGAUAUUUACAGACUUUGUGCCAAUUGAGCUCACAACUUUGGAGGAUGGUCGGCUCGGAUUCGCAAGGGUGGAGAAAUCCACUGAGCUAUGCCUGUGGUCAAGGGGCGAGGGUGAUGACGAUGUUGAGGGAUGGACACUAUGCAAAGUCAUUGAUCUCAAGGGCCUGUUCCCGCUUGUUGACUCGUUUGACCUCAAGAAUUGUCUGGUUGGCUUUGCGGAAAGUGUUUGUGUCGCUUUCGUGGCAGUGCAAGGUGGGCUCUUUACUAUUGAUAUGAAGUCUGGACUGAUGAAGAAUGUAUCUGUGGGCUCCGACAUCUGCUGCGCUGUUCCCUACAUUAACUUCUGCACUCCAGCAUUGGAAGCACCCUCUAGGGAUGAUGGGCAAAGGGUGGGUAUCUCAAGUGUUUGAAAAGCUAAUGUUAUUGAUGUGCAGGCAGUGGUCUUCAUAGUUAAGGUUGCGUAUUACAUUGCCUUGCUAACAUAAACAUGGGGUCUAGGAGACUCGCAAGCUGGCAAGACAAUGUAUUCCUUUGGACAAAGAUUAAUAAAAGCUCUUAUUGACCUCAUUUGUUUCCUAGUUCAGAUAGUGGACCAAUAUGAAUACUAUCUUCGAUUUGUUUAUCAUUCUAUUUCAUUUGAAUGUUCCACAUUGGUUUUCUUAUGGACAUCCUGUGCUACUCAUGUUAUCUUGCUUGUUUCCCAAAAUCUUAGUAAAUACGAAACAAAACAUUUUGUUUGUUUGCAAGCGUUUGGACCUGCAUGCAUACUUGUGUUUUUCUUUUUGUACGCUGGCUAAUCUGGUAUGUAUGGAUGCAAUUUCACCUGUCAAUUUGAUAUGAACGGGUGCAGUUACAGCUGUUAAUUUGGUAUGGUUUCUCUUUCAUUGAGUGGGUAAUGCAUUAACAUAAGAUUCUGCAGUGCAAAUAUCAAUCUUGCCUACCUGAAACCCAUUCCCACUAUGAAUGCUUAUGAUGUAUCAAUGUCACUUAGCAACAUAUAAAUGUGGUUGAUGAUAUCUAUAUUUGAUUAAUAGUGAGGUUAGCCUUGAAUUUUAAGUCCAUCUUUUCUUAUCGAUCAAGUGAUUACAUGUGGUGGAUCUGUGCUUGAUAAGUUAGUUCUGUUGACCUUUUUGGUUAAUGAUUAUUUGCAGUUAUUUAUUGAUCGCCAUAGUUUAUUUUGAAACACAUUUGUAGUUUGUAUAUUCUCAAUUUGAGCAAGUGGAUUACAGGCAAUGUGUACGUAUCUGCAGCAUUGGGAUUUGGGAGUGCUUGCCAUCUAGGGAUAAUGGACGACUGAUGCCUGUAGCGCUUGGGAUUCUAAGGCUGUUGAUGUGCUGGCAAUGACCUUCACAGUUAAGGUGAUAUGUAAUUAGUACUAAACCCUGUGGUUUAUGUUAGAACAAACUCUGAUUAGCAUAACUAGAAUUGUUGGAGCUGGCUUCUCCUUAGGGUUA